GGGUGAUGUGAUCACUGGCACCCGUACCUGAGGUUUCGGCCGCAUCAUGUCCGCUGUUGAGCACGUCAGCCCCGCAAAAUUUCAGGGGUGAUCGGUCGGACAGACUAGCAUUGGAUGCGAUCAUUUUCAACGACGCCAGAUCAGCAUUGCUGUUGCUUCUACAUCUCCGGCGUCCAUCGCUGGCUUUCCACGAGAUUUGAGAUCCACUAUUUGGACGGUCCUGAUCGAUCCAACAGCAGACGCCCGUCCGAGAUCCCAUAUCAACCUCCUCCUCCUCUCUCUCUCUCUCUCUCUCUCUCUUGACGCCGUCGUUCACGAUCGACGAGGCGAACCCGACGAGCGUAGAAAAGCCUCGUCCCUCCCGUCUCCACAACACAAACCCUCUCCGCCGCCCGUCGCUUCCAUCUCCUCGGAUUUGUCGAGGCUCACAAGGGUGGAGGCAUGAUCGUUCGGCCGCCGCCUUCCGAGUGAUCCCGGAAUCGCCUUUGAAGCCUUCGAUCAUGUCCUCAGCUCCCGCCGCCGUCAGAUCCCAGUCGCCGGCGCUCAAGGCGCUAUUCAAGACCCCCGAGGGCCGGUACAAGCUCCUCCACGAGAAGACCCUCCCUCCCGCCGCAGCUUCCCAUGGCAAGUCCGUCUCUCAGUUGACGAUUGCGUAUCUCAAGGAGAAACCGCCGGCCAAUACGAGCCAGGCGGCGCCGUCAGCCACGAGUUCGGGAGUGAGGUCGGCGGCGGCCCGACUGCUCGGGUCCGGGAAUGGGAGCCGGUCGCUUAGCAACGGUGUUACUCGGGUAGUGUCGGCCAACAGCAGGACCGGUGGUCCCGUUGGUGCAUCGGUGGGAUCGAGUGCACAGCUGGCAUCGCCAAACUAUGAUGGCAAGGGGACAUACCUAAUCUUUAAUACAGCAGACACUCUGUUCAUCAGUGACCUCAAUUCGAUGGAGAAGGAUCCUAUCAAGUCCAUCCAAUUCGGCAACUCAAACCCAGUUUGCCAUGCGUUUGAUGCUGAGGCGAGUGAUGGGCAUGAUUUGCUCAUUGGGCUGCACUCUGGAGACAUCUACCUGGUAUCACUUAGGCAACAAUUACAAGAUCCAGGGCGGAAGCUUUUGGCAGCUCAGCAUUAUAACAAAGAAGGCACAACUAAUAAUAGUCGAUGCACUUGCGUGGCAUGGGUGCCAGAACGUGAAGGCACUUUUGUUGUUGGUCAUGCUGAUGGUAACAUAUAUGUCUAUGAGAAGAGCAAGGAUGUCACUGCUGAUAGUUCGUUUCCUGUUAUCAAAGAUCAAACUCAAUUUUCUGUUGCACACACACGCUCGAAUAAGAGCAACCCAGUUGCUAGAUGGCAUGUUUGUCAUGGUUCAGUCAAUAGUAUAUCCUUUUCAGUCAAUGGAACAUAUAUGGCCACUGUUACUAGAGAUGGUUAUUUAAGAGUAUUUGAUUUUUCAAAAGAGCAACUAGCAUUUGGAGGGAAAAGCUACUAUGGUGCAUUACUAUGUUCUGCUUGGAGUUUGGAUGGGAAAUACAUAUUGACUGGAGGUGAAGAUGAUCUUGUACAAGUUUGGAGUAUGGAGGACAAAAAGAUUGUCGCAUGGGGCGAGGGACAUAAUUCAUGGGUUAGUGGAGUUGCUUUCGAUUCAUAUUGGUCAACCCCAAAUUCCGAAGGAACAGAAGAAAAUGUGGUGUAUCGUUUUGGCUCUGUUGGUCAGGAUGGUCAGCUGCUUCUGUGGGACUUGGUGAUGGAUGAACUCAUCAUGCCACUACGCUGUCCUCCUGGUGGGUCAGCAACUCUCAGCAGCGGAAGCCAUUCAGCAAGCUGGGACAGCAUGUGUCCGAUGAGUGCUCUCCUACCUGCUCCGAGCAUGAGAGAUAUGCCAAAAAUUUCUCCUUUGGUAGCUCACAGUGUGCACAUGGACCCCCUCUCGGGCUUGAUAUUUACCAAUGAAUCAGUCAUUACGAUAUCUCGCGACGGCCAUAUCAAGAUCUGGGAGAGGCCCCAGAAUCACGAGUGCAGCCAAUCUGGUUGCUCCCACUCUGUAGUAGCUGCUGCUCCUAUCGCCAAGCACAGACCCGUCGAUGGCAUCCACAUCCAUUAAGAGCAGCACUUACUAGUCACAAGCAUCCUGCUACAUGAACAAAAAACACUCUUGCCUGCUCGCGGCUUUUAUUGCAAUUUCUCUCCAUGAAUGAAAUUUGACCGCUCAGUUGUUUAAAGAACAACAGGUUAUUAUCAAAUCAGAGAAAUGAUGGCGAGGUCCGAUGGCUUGGCAUUUCAGAGAAAUAAUGGAGUAGGCCGUUCCUACCAAAAGGUGCAAAUGUCCAACUGUUUCCUGUGUGCUUUUAAUUUCUUGCCUCGUCAACGUCGUGAAUCAGCAGUUUUGGGAUGAUGUCAUAGGUUCUAGCAAUAUUGACCUCGUCUCAUCCCAGAGAUGAGAUGAUUGCUGUGGAUUCUUCUAGCAAACACAAAAACUUCUUCGCAAUUGGUUCAAAUCUUUACUGU